CGACAGACUUCACCAAAAUGGCAUCCCAAAUGGAAUACGCCAUGGAAACCAUGAUGUUUACAUUUCACAAAUUUGCCGGGGACAAAGGCUACUUAACGAAGGAGGACCUGCAAGUACUCAUGGAAAAGGAGUUCCCUGGGUUUUUGGAAAAUCAAAAAGAUCCUCUGGCUGUGGACAAAAUCAUGAAGGACCUGGACCAGCGCCGAGAUGGCAAAGUGGGCUUCCAGAGCUUCUUUUCACUAAUCGCAGGCCUCACCAUUGAGUGCAAUGAUUAUUUUGUAGUACACAUGAAGCAGAAGCGAAAGAAGCAGGCAGAAUUGAACACUUACUCCUGCCCAGAUGAGAGUUCUCCCAAAGGGCCACUUACAGAAUCUGCCCCUUAG